GGUAAAUAUUACUGUGUCUCAGUGCUGCUGCUGUGUCUGUAAGGAAGGCGCUGCAAUGAAGCUUUGUGUCUUCGCGUUUCUUCUGUCAUGUCUUCGCUUAUGUGUGACAGAAAUGUACAUUAUGGACGACAGGUACGGCCUGGGGAGAAGGUUUGACGGUAUCGGCGGUUUAAGCGGAGGAGGGGCUACUUCGAGACUUCUAGUCAAUUAUAAAGAACCUUAUCGAAGCCAAAUACUGGAUUAUUUGUUUAAGCCUAACUUUGCAGCGUCACUACAUAUUCUUAAAGUGGAAAUAGGAGGGGAUUCCCAAACCACAGAUGGCACAGAGCCGUCACACAUGCACAACGAGACAGAUGAGAAUUACUUUCGUGGCUACGAGUGGUGGCUUAUGAAGGAGGCCAAGAAGAGGAACCCAAACAUCACACUCAUCGGUCUGCCCUGGGCUUUUCCGGGAUGGGUUGGUAACGGGAGCAACUGGCCGUACAGCUUUCCAGAAAUGACCUCUAACUAUGUCGUGUCCUGGGUGAUUGGAGCCAAAAAACAUCAUGGUCUUGAUAUUGAUUACUUAGGGGUUUGGAAUGAAAGGGAAUUUGAUUCAAAGUACAUCCAGGUCCUCCGAGACACAUUAGACCGAGCAGGUUUACCAAAUAUAGGCAUUAUCGCAGCGGAUGGGAACUGGGCCAUUUCCAAUGCCAUGCUUGUCGAUCCAUAUCUCAGUGAUGCUGUUGAAAUUAUUGGUGUUCACUACCCUGGUACCACGACUGUCAGGGAGGCGCUGUUAACUGGUAAGAAGCUAUGGUCUUCUGAGGAUUUCAGCACCUUUAAUGAUGACUUCGGGGCGGGGUGCUGGGCUCGUAUUCUUAACUGGAAUUAUGUCAAUGGGAGAAUGACGUCGACUAUCUCCUGGAAUCUAAUAGCGAGUUAUUAUGAAGAUCUGUCCUUCGGUCGGGACGGUUUGAUGACCGCAGAAGAACCGUGGAGUGGAUAUUAUGUCGUCGAAUCCCCAAUAUGGAUAACUGCUCACACUACUCAGUUUGCACAACCUGGCUGGACAUAUCUCCAGACCAUAGGAAACCUCACGCAUGGUGGAAGUUAUGUAGCAUUAACAGAUGGCCAAGGCAACCUUACCAUCAUAAUAGAAACAAUGACUCACAAUCACUCGGAAUGUAUUCGGCCUUCACUUCCUCCUUUCAACGUUUCAGCUCAGGAAGCAACGUUUCAUCUCAAAAGCUCCUUUGCUUCGAUCACUCAGCUCCAGCUGUGGUACUCAAAACUGAAUUUCAAUACUAAAAAAAAUGUUCUCUUCAAGAAGGAGGAUCCUAUAAAGAUAUCAGACGGAUAUUUUACCUUGAAACUGGACGUUGAUGAGAUCUACACCCUCACGACCGUCACCACCGGACACAAGGGCUUUUACCCAGAUCCUCCAAAUUCUGCUUCAUUUCCCAAGAAGUACUUUGAUGACUUCAAUGACGAAAAUCCUGCCUUCUCCGAGGCCCCAUAUUUUGCUGAUCAGACCGGCGUGUUUGAGUACUUCAGAAACCUCUCAGAUCCAGGGCCCCACAACUUGACUUUACGCCAGGUGGUCAACCAGCGUCCAGUUUCAUGGGGUUACGACGCGGAUCAGACCAUUACCAUCAUCGGAGACCAUAGCUGGCAAGACAUAACGGUCUCCUGUGACAUUUACCUCGAAACUGAGGACGGUGGCGUCUUCGUUGCAGCCAGGGUGGAUCAAAGCGGGGAAGAAGUCAGACGCUCAAAGGGUGUAUUUUACUGGGUUUUUGCAAAUGGCACGUACAAAGUGACCAAUGAUAUAGUUGGGAAGAAAGUUCUUGCAGAAGGAUUGUCUGGGACAAGACGGGGUAUAUGGCACACACUUACUCUCACAGUAAAGGGUAAUUUUGCCUUCGGAAUGCUGAAUGGUUAUCCUUUGUGGAAGAACGCCGUCGUUCUUCAACCCAUGAACGGCUGGGCCGCAAUCGGGACGUCCUCAUUUGAAUUUGCACAGUUUGAUAACUUCCUGGUGGACGCAGACUGGUGAAGUUUUUACUAGGUGCUUGUGAAUUCAAGUACAUGUUUAUCACGAUGCCUUCGAGUCCUGUUGGGAAUACUGUAGUUUCUAGGUGAACACCACCACAAUGUUGUGAUUACAGCUUGGGAAAAAUUUUAUUUUUCUACAAUCAACCAGUCAUGCAAUAAAUAUAACCUUUAUAAUACAGUAGAUGGGAAGAUUUAGGCGUAAUUUUGCACAUUUACCUGUUGGUAUUUUUACUUUGUUUUGCUAAAUGGAAAUAAAGUACUUGUUAAUGAUAUAAAACUGUUUUUUUUUUUCCAUGUUGUCUGUUUAUUCAGGACAAAACCACUUCAAUACACACUUGUGGGUAGAUAUACUUGAUAACGGGAGCACUAAUUGUUCAAUAUCUGCUAAAUUAAAUGAAAAGGGUGUCCAUAAAUGCGAAAUUAUUUUUGUGAAAUGUUUUAUGUCCACGUUGUGGUAUUGCAAAAACUUUUUCAGACAUUUGAUGUAAUGUGUAAAUGAUUGCAAAUACAAUUAUUUUCUAACUUUAUGCUAGAAUGUCAUUUGAUAAUGGUGUUUGGAUAAUAAAUUAUUUCUGGAUUAAAAUGUAAA